GAAACUUAGGUUAAGUUAAAUGUCAGUCAAAUUAAAAAUUAAGACAAUAUUAAAUUUUGGUUUUGAAUUGGUCUGGGGGUCUUGACUAGUUUUAUUAUUCACUACAGAAGAUUCCUGGAUAAUAAUUUAAUGAAUAUAAAGAAAACAUGAGCGAAACGACUGGAAGCGAAAUCUUGGAUCAAUACCGAAAUAUUUCCAUUAAGCUAAAAAAGAGAUUUUUGAGAAAACCGAAUGUAACUGAAGCGUGUGAAUCAUUCGUUUCUUUAGCGAAACAAUGUGAAACUUUAGAACUGCCGGCAUAUGCCGGAUUGUGUUGGAUUGCGGCUGCUAGAUGUGAAGGGUCUUUAUCUAAUAAUACAGGAGAGACUUCUUGCUUAGUACAGUCAGGAAGGCAGUUUUUAAAAGCAGAAGAGAAUGAUUUUAAUUUAGGUUGUAGUAGUGUAUCUGGAGAGAACUUACAGGCAGGUCUCAGUUGUUACACUCAUGCUUCAAGCAGAUUUCCUGAUAAUUGUAGCAUUCCGAUAGGAUUAAAUUUAGAACUAACUGAAUUUUUGAAAAAGAUAGAUAGGACCGAAUAUAUCCAGAGUUAUUUAGAAAAUGCUAUAGAACUAUCAGAAGGCAGAUCAGACACGAAUAUAUACUGUUUAGAACUUAUGGCAUCUCAUUUUGUGGAUAGAGGAGAUUAUUUGGCUGCUCUCGAAACAUAUUUAGAAAUGUUCAGGUUAUUAAAACAGUUACCAAUAAAUGGCUCUAGGUGUGAAACAUUGCUAAAAUGUGAAAUAUAUUGUGUUUUCUUAUUGUUAAUUCUACGUCCCAGUCCCCAAAAAUUGUCUGCAAACCUGGCAAAAAUACUAGAAAAAUAUACAUGGGGAGACAAAAAUGAUACAAGCCUAAAAGCUUGUAAAAUGACUGAUAAUAUGUUUCUCUUACUACAGUCCUUGGUAACUAUAUGCCAGUCAUUGGACACUACUGGUUUAAUUGAUCUGGAAUCGGAAUUCUGGCCAUUAUUAUCAAAGCAGCAAAAAGAAUUACUGCGGAUAUUGGUUAGAAGUUAUUGUUAAGUUAUUUAUAUUGUCACUUAAUUAAUAAUAUAAUCUCGUGCCUAGAUACAUAUUUUAGUUUUAAUUUAUGAUUUAUUUACAUUUUCGUAAUUUCUUAAAAUGUUAUUAAUUACGUAACAAAAAGUGCUUCACGGUUAUUUUGGAUUAACUUCUAGCAUGUGAGAUUUCUUUUACUUUU